UUCCACUUCCUGAAAAAACAAUAAUAAAGAUUAUGUUGUUAUAAAUGUUAUAGUUAUAUUUUGUGUUAUUAUUAUAAUUAAUAUUAUGUAAUGAAAGAAUAAUUUAUAUACAUUGUUAUCUCCAAAUGAAGGUAAAUUUUUAUUUGAUAAUAGGGCUUAGCGUUAAACAUCCAAUUUCACAACAACAAAAAAUGAGUUCUGACUGCUUUAGUUUUAGUUUUAUACUUAUUAUAAUAAAUUAUACUUAAUUUACUUAUCUCACUUAGCCUAGGCCAGGCCUAUUACUACCGAUAUAAGUAUAAGUUUUAUAAGUUAAAGCCCAGGCAAAUUAACUAAAAUUCUAAUUCUGUAAAGUAGGCCUUGUACUUGUAACAUGUUAAACCAGGCGCUGCUUAUUGUUAAAACAGCUCUGAGUGUGAUUGAGAAUGGCACAAAAUAAAUUAAAACAUUUGACUUGAAUUUGAAAAGGCUGGGGCUAUUCCUCAGUUUGAGUUAAGUCCUGGGUCCCUUUAGACUUUAGACUAAAUAAAUGACUAUUCGGAUGCCAUUUGCGGUAGUUUAUUUUAGUUAAUCUGAAGAAGUAAGUUAAAAAAACAUAAAGCCUAUGCAAUUAUUAAUUAUCUUUCAUUUGAUACCAAAUUGUGUCUUACAAACCCAACAAUAAUACUUAAUUAAUUAUUUUUUUAAAAACCCAACCACUCAACUCUUUUUUGCUCUUAGAAAUAAGGUCCCUUUAGUCUUUAGACUAAAUGGCUAUUUGGAAGUCAUUUGUGGCGUGGUAGUUUAUUUUAGUUAAACUGAAGAAUAAGUUUUCAUGUGAUACCAAACUUUGUCUUACAAAUGCAACAAUAAUAUUUCUAAUAUUUUUUAAAGAAAACCCAACCUCUCACUCCUCCGGGUCCAAUAGUAUAGCCACUUUGAUUUGAAAAAGUAAAAAAAAAUUAAUCUAGAACUGAGGCCAAGUUUAUUAUACUUAUAAUAAUUCUAUAUAACAUUAAAUUAAAGGUCUUUUCAUUCUAAACUUUUUAGAUUUUACAAGAAACUACUUCUUCCACAGUUACUUUAUCAGAAAUUUAUAAUGAAAUAAUGUGAAAUGCAAAAAAUUAAAAUUUUUAAUAUAAAGUUUACAUUUUUGCACUGGCACCUUUCCUUAAAAUUAAAAAACAUUUUAAAAAAAUACAGUACAUAAAUAAAUCUCUGUUCAAAAUAUUUCCUAUAAUUUACUAUCAAAUUUCUAUUUCAACCACUUUCCUUUCGUAAAAAAAUUUCUGGCAAACAAUUUUCCAUCAAACAAAUUUCUUAGGUAUGGUUCCCGGUACAAAUUUGCAGAUGCACUAUCUACUAGAGAUUUGUAAUUGAAGGUCAAACUUAACAUUUGAAGAAAAAAAAAAGAAUAUUACCGGUACCGUAUACAAAUAUAAUUAUUUUAGAAACCUAUUAUGAUACAAAUCAAACUAUAACUAUAAGAGAUUUAGAGUUCAUUUAAUGGACUAUUAGUACUAUUUACUCGUGGUAUGGGUACCGGUACACUAAUAAAAUAUUAAAAUUAAAUCUUACAAAAUCUUCUUUUUUUUAUAUUUCAGGAACCCCUUAAUCAGGAAUGCAAAUUUGUUGAGACCAUAGUAUUGACAUGGUAAUCAGAAUACCAGUAUCUGAUUUAAUUAAUUUAUUUAUGACAUAAAUAUGGAAAAUCAUCGAAAGUUGUGGAGUCGACUGGUUUCAAGGUUGAGAAGAGGUCGUACAGGUUAUCGAUGUCAGCAAAUAUUUCGGCCAAGUUCUAACAUUUCUGGUACUGGCUUAAUUCAUUUAAACAGAUCAACUUCAACACCUGUUGUUGAAGGCAACGCCUCACAAACACGUUUUAGAGAUGUCAUCGGACUUCGAACAUCUUUUUAUGAGGAAGCACCACAUGACCAACUUGUAUCACGCAACAAUUUGGUGCAGUUUAGGGUCAGACUUGCAGAGCACCAUGAAAGUUUUACACCUAAGUGUUUGCAAGGUUUUAAUACGCAAAAUAUAUUGUUAGGUCAAGGUACCUUCGAAAAUUUCUCUCAUAACUGUUGGCUUGAAAAUAAUCUUCAUAGGUUUUGUACAUAUCCCACAGAAUCACUACCAGAUGUGAUGGAAAAUGAUUCUCUAGCUUCUGAUCAUGCACUCCAUAUUCAAGCGCAGCUUCCUAGAACUUCAGUUCAAUCCUUUCUGCAGAACAUCCAAGUAACCAACAAUAACUUAACAAGUUCUAGUUCAAGUCAUUGCAGUAGUCUAGUUUCUUCACAAAGAUCUAGUUCUGUUUCAGACAUUUCACAUUUCUACAAUUUGAAUCUCACAGAAUUUGCCUUUAACCCUGAUUCAAUGAUAGAAGACCCACCACCUUAUUCUGAACUUCCAGAAGACCCACCUCCACCUUACACAGAAACCUUACAAAUCUCUACAUAUCCUGGGAGAACACAAAGUGAUCAUUUGAUUUCUGCUAGCACUCAACUGCUCACCGAAGAUUGCCUGUACUGAUAAUGAUAUAAUAGAUGCUCAAUCCUGAAUGCAAUAAUAAACAAUUCAGUUACCUGUAACACUACUGGCAUCAAUGUUUACAGGUUCCAGCUGUCAUAAUUCAUAAAUGCUGCAGUACUCUACACAUACAGACUAGUUUAAGGUGAAAAGUGAAAACUAUGAAGUUUAGUUUUGCCACAAAUUUAUUUCAGAUCAUUUGUAUUUGUAAAGUAAUCUUAUUUAAAAAUACAAUCUCUACCGUACCCAAAAAAAACAACUAAUGUCAAUGUGCAUCACAAUUCACAUACAUCCCAGGCCCCAGAGCUGAAACAGUCUUUUCUACACACCCCCAAAAACUAUGUAUCGGUAAACAAAAGGCGGAAGAAAAGACUACCGUAUUGAUUUAAAAUUCAUUAAUUUUCUUUAUUAUUUUAUUAAUCAGUUUUUGUGUGCACGCCAAUUUUAUUAUUUUUUUGAAAUGCAUGGAUUCAUGAAACAAAUGGUUAAAGCUCUUUCUUACUGAUCAUAAUACUAUAACUAUCCAAACAAAAAUAAAUAAUGCCACCUCAUCAAAGUGUGUCCUGGAAAUAGGGCUCCAAAACCAACAUUUAACCAACAUUUAGCCAUUUCUAAACUAAACGGUAAAUCAGAACAGACCUAAUCAUAAAGAUGAACAGAAUAGUCAGACCCCUACAAAUAAUACCUGCAGAAAAAAACAUAGCAUCAUAUCCAGAGGGUAUAGUAUAAUCCAACUAUACACAGAACAGUGGCUGCAGAACGCAAGAGACAUGCCAGAAUCUGUCUCAUGACAUUAGCCAUCUGCGCACCCAGACAGAACUAGCACAAAUCUGAUGAUUAAACUUUUAAAGUGGUCAUGGUCGACUGACGAACAACAAUGCUACAUGCAGGCUUUUUUUUAACCAUACUAAAACUAAUAGAAUACAGUACAGACCGAUCAUGUAACAAACUCUACAACCCCUAAUCGAGCUAUCUUCAGUAAUUACCGGUAAGCAGAAGUGACUGCUAAUGAAGCAGAAUUAUACCGCCUAUCUGGAAUCUUCAGUUUAUCAAAUUCCAAGCAUACCGGUACAAAGAAAUGUUAGCUUCUCCGACUACCAAACAGUUGAGCAGCAAGUAAGAUCUCACAACAGUAUAGUAUAAGUUAAUUUUUAUUUAUUCAAAUAAAUGGAAAUGUUUUUUUUUAUGACAAUGUGAUGAUUAUUUUCAGCAUAUACGUAAAUAAUUCUAACAAAGACCAACGUUUUUAAACAAACUAUUUAACACAGGACAUUCCCAAGUAUUUCUCAAGCGUAAAACUCGGCCAUCAUAUGCCAUGGAACAUCACUCACUUAGUGACAACAUUGACCUAAGCUUAAUUAAGUAAAGUUUAGUUAAGAAUGAUCCAGAUUUUGUUAUCAGUGGAGGGGAACGCUGGUUAAAUGUUAUUGGUAGAUGGGGGAACAAAUAAUAAACCGUAUUUUAAUAUUUAAUUUUAUAACUUUCUGUCUUAACUUUCUUUGAGGGAAGAAUUUGCCCUGACCAAGCUGAUCCUAGGUAGGUACCAGUUUUUGUAAAGAGGGUAUGAUGUAUCCGCCAAAAUUUCUUUAGUUUUACAAUUUACAAAUGCAUAUUGCUUCAAAUGAUAUUAAUUGCUUUCUUACACCAGUAUGUAAUACUUAAGUUCAGUAGGCUUCCAAUUGUUGCACUGCAGAAUGUUAAUAAUUUUUUUGUUAUAUGUAAAUGCCCAAAUUGUGUAAUUUUUUAAAAAGAAAAUGCAAGCUUUUACAUUUAUACCAAUUUCUACUUUAGUCAAGUGUACAGAAAAGUGAGACACCAUUUUGAAAGUUGAAUACACCAGUACUCAUGAUAAAUUUCAAAUCAAGGAGUACCCUUCCGGUACUGCAUAGUAAUACUUGCUGCAUUGCAAAUCAACCAUCACAUGAUGUAGGGAUGGACAUUUUAUUAGACAUCGGUCAUUGGUAUGAAACUUUGAUAUGAGUAGUUGGUUUUGUACUUUCUUUAGCUAAUCUAAGCUGUGCGAAAAGCUUGCAAUUGUAAAAUAAGUACUGGUACAUUAUUGUGCACAUGCAUAAGAUUAUUGUAUUUGUUACGGUAGAAUAGAUUUGAGGGGCUAUUUUGACAUGAAUAUGCUCGGGAUGCACAAUUUUAAAACAGUAUGUUACAGGUUCAGGUAUGAGGUAGACACCCUCCAUUCCAGCUCUCCAACUUAUUGUCUUUUAUUUCUUUUCGAAGAAAAGGCUUUAAUGUACUUUAAUCAUGGAAUGUGUAUAUAUAAACCAGUGUACAUAAUAUAAAUGUUUUUUUUUAAAUAUAAAGUGCAUUAUGCGUUUAAAUUGUAAUAUUUGUAUUAAAGGUAUCAAUAUUUUAAUAUUAAAACACAAAGUG